UGCUUCGGAGUGGGAAAGGUUUAUUUCAAAAGUUGAAGAAGUCUUGAAUGACUGGAAACUGAUUGGAAACUCUUUGGGAAAGCCACUUGAAAAGAUCCCAUCAUUUUGAAAGGCUUUCAGAUGUCCAAGUUAUGGCUCGUGGAUAUCUUGAUAUGAUGCUAGGAAUCACUUCUUUGCUAGCUCCUUUGGACAAAAGGAACAUCUUCAGGGUAUAUUUACUUCUGGCACAUGGGAAGAGAAAUCAGAUGAAAUUGCCUUUGCUGACUUCAUGUUUUCAGUCACUCAUCAUUAUCUUGUACAAGAAUCCAGCGAUAAAGAAGGAAAGGAUGAAUUAUUAGAAGAUGUUAUUCCACAAUCUAUGCAAGAUUUGCUAUGCAUGAAUAAUGACUUUCCACCAAGAGCGCAUUGCCUGGUAAGAUGGUAUGGACUACGUGAAUUUGUGGUGAUUGCUCCUGCUGCAAACAGUGAUGCUGUUCUCAGCGAAUCUAAGUGCAAUCUUCUUCUGAGUUCUGUUUCUAUUGCUUUGGGAAACACUGGCUGUCAGGUGCCACUCUUCGUGCAAAUACAUCACAAAUGGCGAAGAAUGUAUGUGGGAGAAUGUCAGGGCCCUGGUGUCCGAACUGAUUUUGAAAUGGUUCAUCUUCGAAAAGUGCCAAAUCAGUACACUCACUUAUCAGGUCUGCUGGAUAUCUUCAAGUCAAAGAUUGGAUGCCCUUUGACUCCGUUGCCGCCAGUUAGUAUUGCUAUCCGAUUGACCUAUGUACUUCAGGAUUGGCAGCAGUAUUUUUGGCCUCAGCAACCUCCGGAUAUAGAUGCUCUUGUAGGAGGAGAAGUUGGAGGCCUGGAAUUUGGCAAGUUACCAUUUGGUGCCUGUGAAGAUCCUAUUAGUGAACUUCAUUUAGCAACGACGUGGCCUCACCUGACUGAAGGGAUAAUUGUGGAUAACGAUGUUUAUUCUGAUUUGGAUCCUAUUCAAGCUCCCCAUUGGUCUGUUAGAGUUCGAAAAGCUGAUAAUCCUCAGUGUUUGCUGGGUGAUUUUGUCAGUGAAUUUUUUAAAAUUUGCCGUCGAAAGGAGUCAACUGAUGAGAUUCUUGGACGAUCCACAUUUGAGGAAGAAGGGAGAGAGAUUACUGAUAUAACUCAUGCUUUGUCAAAGUUGACAGAGCCAGCACCUGUUCCAAUUCAUAAAUUAUCAGUUUCAAAUAUGGUGCAUACUGCGAAAAAGAAAAUACAAAAACACAGAGGCGGAGAAGAGUCACCACUGAAUAAUGAUGUCCUGAAUACCAUUCUCUUGUUCUUAUUUCCUGAUGCUGCAUCUGAGAAACCACUAGAUGCAGCCACUUCUACAGACACCAAUAAUCCUCCAUCAGAGAGUGAAGAAUAUAAUCUCUACAAUCAGUUCAAAUCUGCACCAUCUGACAGUUUAACAUACAAAUUGGCUUUGUGUCUUUGUAUGAUCAAUUUCUACCAUGGAGGGUUGAAAGGAGUGGCACACCUCUGGCAGGAAUUUGUUCUUGAAAUGCGUUUCAGAUGGGAAAACAACUUUCUGAUUCCAGGAUUAGCAAGUGGACCCCCAGAUCUGAGAUGCUGUUUACUGCAUCAGAAACUACAGAUGUUAAAUUGCUGUAUUCAAAGAAAGAAGGCACGUGAUGAGGGGAAGAAGACCAGUAACUCAGAUAACAUGACUAACACAUAUCCAGGGAAUGCUGGAAGAACUGGAGACCAGUUGGGGUCAGAUAAUCUGAAAGAUACAGAUAAGGAAAAGGGAGAGGUGGGAAAAUCUUGGGAUUCCUGGAGUGACAGUGAAGAAGAAUUUUUUGAAUGCCUAAGUGAUACUGAAGAACUUAAGGGAAAUGGACAAGAGAGUGGCAAAAAAGGAGGACCUAAGGAGAUGGCAAAUUUAAAGCCAGAAGGACGUCUCCUUCAGCACGGGAAGCUCACACUGCUUCAUAACGGAGAGCCUCUCUACAUUCCAGUGACCCAGGAACCAGCUCCUAUGACAGAAGACCUGCUAGAAGAGCAGUCUGAGGUUUUAGCUAAAUUAGGCACAUCGGCAGAAGGGGCUCACCUCCGAGCACGCAUGCAGAGUGCCUGUUUGCUCUCAGAUAUGGAGUCUUUUAAGGCAGCUAACCCAGGUUGUUUCCUCGAAGAUUUUGUGAGGUGGUACUCACCCCGGGAUUAUAUUGAAGAGGAGGUGAUGGAUGAAAAGGGCAAUAUGGUUCUGAAAGGAGAACUGAGUGCCCGGAUGAAGAUCCCAAGCAAUAUGUGGGUAGAGGCCUGGGAAACAGCUAAGCCAAUUCCUGCUAGAAGGCAGAGGAGACUUUUUGAUGAUACGCGGGAAGCAGAAAAGGUGCUACACUACCUGGCAAUCCAGAAACCUGCAGACCUUGCUCGGCACCUGUUACCUUGUGUGAUUCAUGCAGCUGUUCUCAAGGUAAAAGAAGAAGAAAGUCUGGAAAACAUCUCCUCAGUUAAGAAGAUUAUAAAGCAGAUAAUAUCCCAUUCCAGUAAAGUUCUGCACUUCCCCAAUCCAGAAGACAAGAAGUUGGAAGAAAUCAUCCUUCAAAUUACUAAUGUGGAAGCUACAAUUGCUAGAGCCCGGUCACUGAAAGCCAAGUUUGGAACUGAGAAAUGCGAAAAAGAGGAGGAAAAGGAAGAUUUAGAAAGGUUUGUGAGUUGCCUUUUGGAGCAGCCUGAAGUGUCAGUCGUAGGUGCAGGACGAGGACAUGCUGGCCGGAUCAUUCGCAAGCUGUUUGUGAAUGCUCAGAGGGCCCCAAUUGUGGCUCCGCCAGAGGUGGAAUUGAAGAAAAUGGACUCCGCAGAAGAAAGAAGGCAGAACUCCUCGUCAGACUUCCCACCCCCUGCUGGCCGGGAACUCAUUUUGCGCACCACCGUGCCCCGCCCUGCCCCUUACUCCAAAGCUCUGCCCCAGCGGAUGUACAGUGUUCUCACCAAGGAGGACUUUAGACUGGCAGGUGCCUUUUCAUCAGAUACCUCCUUCUUCUAAUGCUUUUAGUGUUCCCUCAUUUGUGGCUUCAGAGACAGCGCCGCCCCCUUCUGUGGGAGGGAGGGUGUGCCAGUCAGAACCUGAGAGUCACGGAGAGGGCCCCUUCCAGUCAACGAGCGGGAAUCAUACCAGCAUCGGAGAGACUUUCCAGUGCCCAGCUUGGGCUCUGUUAUAUUUUGAUGAGGGCAGAGGGAGUGGGUUGUGCUAUCAAAAGAUGUCUGCCCCUUGUAUAUGGUGGGGAAAAAACCACAGUAGGUCUCUUUAUGCAGUCUGGUGGCAUAGUGUUCGUUAUUUUUCCUGACUAUCCUCUAGGUUAUUGCCUUGGAUUUGUAGUCUGUGUAAACACUUAAUGGUUAUAUUUAUUAUUAUCAAGUAUGCAAAGUAGAGUAUCUGUUAAUUCAGAUUUCUGGAUAUUUUGGUGGUAGCUUCUAUUCUCAGAAUUCGUUUUUAAAAUACUAAGUGACAUUCUGUUUAUUCAGUCACCUGGUGGUCAUCUUUAUUGUACUAAUUAACUUUUGAUGAGCAUUUUGAAUAUUCUAGGGGAAAGUGUAGAAUUUCAUAUAGUUUGUGUUUUUCCACAUAAUUGUGACCUAAAUGUAUUCCUCUGAUAGAACUGUAUAUUAAAAGUGACUGUAAAUUAGUUUUAUAUAUAUCUUGUAAGAUUUAUUUUCUCUUAAUUUGUUUUGUCUUGCUGUGUAAGAUACCAGGUUGCAAACUGUUCCUCUCUUGCUGUAGAGUAUGCAUUCCUUCCUUGUUACUGGCUGGAUGCCCGUAUUUAAGGAAGCAGAGAUGAGCACAUGCUAAAACACAGCCCUGGUACAACAGAGAUUAUCAGGCCGUUAUUGUCAUUUGGUACGUGUGCUAGCGUAGUGAGUGAAGGGUUAUUUUGCUUUUGUAUUUUAGUUAAAAUCCAGAGGGACGUGUAGCACCCAAUAUAAAGAUAACCGUAACAUAUUUCUAGUUAUGUGAGAACCAAGAUUUAUUAUUGAGUCUAUGUUGCUAUAUGGCCUCUGUUCGGUAAUCUUAAAUCGAUUUUUUUGGUGUAAAAUUCCCACUUUAAUCCAAACUUAAAAGUGGUCAUACUGAAGCAUAAAUCUUGCCUGUGUAACUUAAAAGAAUUAAUAGAGCUGUGUAAAAUCUGUACUGUAUUAUUUUUUGUAAAAUUAAAAAUGUAUAUACAUAUGUAUGUGUGUGUGAAGUCGGGGAGGCCCUGGUUGAUUACCUCCUGGCCUUCACAGUGCUGUUCUCUGAGAUGCUGGCCUUUAUUACAACUGGUCAACUAUAUAUGGGCGCAGGCCUGAGAAUUGAGUGCUGUACCAAAUGCUGAAAGAAAUUGAAGAGCAAGUAGAAGACGUAUCUUUCAAGGACAGAGUUUCUCUGCUUUCUAAUGAGAAAGUUAAUAACAAAGACAAAAUAUACAAAGGAGAGAUUGGACUUUAAAAUGGCUUCAUAAAUCUAAUAAAAAGGAGAGUAUUGCUUUCUGUGGCUAA